GCUUUGGACGACGAGGUGAUCGAUCAGGAGACUGUUAGGUCUCGUAACGAUACAAACAAGAGAACAAGAGAUCAAGACGUCACACGAGCGACUACGACCCGUGACAUCGUCAAUAGCUUAGCAAUCAGAAGUACACCUCAUCAAUAUGUCUACGGCCGCACGAAGACGUCUCGUCAGAGAUUUCAGACGACUCCAAGCAGACCCACCUGCUGGGAUCUCGGGGGCUCCGAAGGCGGAUAAUAUCAUGAUCUGGAAUGCGGUCAUCUUUGGGCCAGCGGACACGCCCUUCGAAGACGGCACCUUCCGCCUCCUAAUGACAUUCAACGAAAACUACCCCAAUUCCCCACCUACCGUCAAGUUUAUAAGCAAGAUCUUUCAUCCAAACGUCUAUGCCAAUGGGGAACUGUGUUUGGAUAUCCUGCAGAAUCGGUGGAGCCCGACUUAUGAUGUCGUGGCGAUCUUGACGAGCGUGCAGAGUUUGUUGAAUGAUCCGAAUCCGAAUAGUCCGGCAAAUGCGGAAGCGGCACAGUUGUACAGGGAGAACAUGAAGGAGUAUGUAAGACGGGUCAAGGCUACGGUGGAAGAAUCAUGGAUGGACCCGGAAGAUAUGAAAUCCAUCGCCGACGGAGCCGACGAGGACGAGACAGAAGCGGAUGCUGCGGGCGGAGGCGGGGAUGAGGGGAUGCGGGCGGUAUGAGCCCGAUGCAUUUGGGUUGGGGAGGAUGGGCGGGGGCUAUCCAUCAUCCCGGGCGGUAGAAAAUAGGCCCAGGACCCUCGAGAAGACGGAGACAGAACAUCCUGCCGUUCUCAUAUUGCUUCAUCUUGGCGGAUCAUCAGACGGGCGGAUCGACAG